AUGGCGAAGGAGGUAACAUCGGCGAAAAGGCCCCAUCUUGUGCACAGCCAUGCCCACGAGGGUGAGAUUCCUGGCACCGUUGAUCUUAGUGCUGCCGAGGGUGACGAUACGGCAUAUGGACAAGCCUUAUAUCCUGUCCCAGCCGAGGACCCGAAUGAUCCACUGCAGUGGCCAACCUGGAAGAAGAAUAUCAUCCUAGUCAUUGUUGCCAUCUACUCGUUCCUCGGAAAUAGCUCCCUUACCGGCCCAUCGGUCUACAUUGGACUCUAUAGCAAGGAAUUUGGGAUAUCCCAAGCAGAAGCCUCUGGACUGAUAUCUUACCCCAACCUUUCAUUUGGCUUUGGAUCAUUGAUCCUCGUGCCUCUAUAUCUAAAGAUUGGUCGGCGCCCGGUUGCCUUGUUGUCCAUGCUGACAUUCUUGGCCGGAUUGAUUGGCGCUUCCCGAUCAACCAGCUACACAGGAUUGAUGGUUGCUCGAGUUUUUCAUGGAUUUGGCAGUGGUGUUUGCGAGAGCUUGCCCGUGCAGCUCGUGAAUGACAUUUUCUUCCUUCAUGAACGAGGAAAGAAAAUUGGAUACUACACCAUUUGUCUUUGCCUCGGGUCAACGGGUCCUCUCUAUGCUGGCUACAUGCUUGCGGGGGGCUAUUCGUGGCGACUCUUCUUCUACGUGGAAGCAGCCUUUGCGGGUGCCCUGUUGGUUAUGGCUUUCUUCUUUCUCGAGGAGUCUACCUAUCACCGCAAAGAGCAAUCUCCAACGCCAAAUUCUUCGAAUGAUUUUCCAACAGCACAGGACGCCGACGAAAAAAUGGAGAACAAUAUUCAGGUGGAGAAUGUGUUGUCUGUAUCUGUGCCUCCGCGAAAGAGCUUUUGGACAACGCUUAAACCCUGGGGUACCAUUGAUCCGGAGUCCGAGUUUUUCAUGACAAUUCUCCGCUCGUUCACUUACUUCCUAGUGCCAGCUGUGUUCUGGGUGAUUGCAAGCUACGGACUUUACAUUGGUUUGGGUGCACUGGCAUUCAACUACACGUUUCCUCUCAAGAUCACGGAGCCACCUUACAAUUGGAGCGAGACAAAUUCCGGUCUCAUUGCCAUCGCCAGCUUUGUCGGCUUCUUGCUUGCCCUUCCGUUCUCUUCCACCUCUGAUCGACUGGCCGCAUACCGUACGAAGCGGAACAAUGGAAUCCGCGAGUCUGAGAUGCGUCUCCCAGCGCUCUUCCCAGCCCUUCUUCUUGCUCCGGCCGGUUUAAUUGUGUACGGCUUUACUGCUCAACGCAACCUUCAUUGGAUGGGAUUCUUCGCUGGUGUGGCUAUGGACCAAUUUGCUUCGUACUUUUACUUUACCUUCACAUUAGCCUAUGCCGUCGACUCCUACUAUGCAAACACCUCGGAAAUGCUGAUCGCCAUGGGUCUGGGGAAACAGGCAAUCUCGUUUGGCAUGGGUUCUUAUCUUUUGGACUGGAUCUUGAGCAAAGGGUAUGCGGUAGUGAUUUCGGGUAUCUUUGGAGGAGUUCUCCUGGUGAACAAUUUGAUGGUCAUUGUCUUCAUAGUGUAUGGAAAAAGGAUACGGAGAUGGACUGCACAGUCAUGGCUGGGCAGGUUGCAUCAGCGGACUGCAGCAAGAGAUGUGACGCAGUAA